CCGUCGGUCGAGCACACGGGAGGAGAGAGCCAGUGAACCUGCAAUUACUCCAACCGCCGCAGGCCAUUGUCGGAAGGCUCAGUGUGUGGUGACUCCUUCAAACCGUGUUUUUUCAGCUCCAUCCUCCAGUGUUCUGUUCAAGUGCAAAUCCGACAAAUUUCCCUAAAAAAGCACAAUGGCAGCCAGUCUGAAGAACCGUUUGGGAGUCCAGGAAGUGACGGACGUGAAGAGCGGGUUGGGCAAAGCGCUCGUUGCCGAGGCUCUGGGCACGCUCUUCAUCAACUUCUUCGGGUGCCUCAGCGCCGUCAACCUGGUCGAACCCCAGGCCGCACCUAACCUCGUCCUCAUCGCCCUUACUUUUGGAUUUAUAGUCUUCGUCGCUGUCCAGUCCGUGGGACAUGUGAGUGGUGCUCACAUCAACCCUGCCAUCACCGUUGGGCUUCUCGUGACCGGCAAAGUUACGAUCAUUAGGGCUUUCCUCUACAUCGUCGUCCAAGUCCUCGGCGCCAUCGCUGGCUCAGCCAUCCUCAGGGCACUGACACCCUCCUCAUACGACGGAGGUUUCGGGGUCAACAAGCUCGCCAACAACUUGACUCCCAUUCAGGGACUCGGAAUUGAAUUCAUCCUUGGAUUUAUCUUGGUUCUCGUCGUCUUCGGAGUGUGCGAUGCCAACAGACAGCACACACAAACUAUUGCUGCCCUCACCAUUGGUCUGACCGUCGCUGCUGGACAUCUUGCCACGAUUGACUUCACUGGAACAGGAAUGAACCCUGCUCGUUCUUUCGGAGCUGCUGUCAUUGAAUCUUUCUGGGAAAACCACUGGGUAUUCUGGGUCGGACCAAUCUUGGGAGGAAUUGCUGCCAGUUUGCUCUACACCUACACUCUUGCUGCCCCUGCUGCUGGAGAAUACAGCCCAGUCAAUGUUGAAGAGAAAGAGCUGAAAUCUGUUGAAACUGCAAAUAACUAAACUGGCAGUAUUGCGUUUUCACAAUUAUCGAAGAUCUCCACAAACAAGUGACCAAUGACCAAGUGGGUUUGUCCACACACUUGCUAAUGACAAUGAAAAUUGAUAAUGUACCUUGAACAGAACUUUAAUGAUUAAGGUUUAUUUAUUAUUUUUUUCGCUUUAUGACUAAGUUUGUAAUGUUCAGACUUUUUUAAUGAGAAAAGUAUUUUAGAAUUUUAUGUAAGUACCAAGAAUUAGUCUAAGAUUUAAUAAUAUGACUUGAAAUCAAAGAGACCUUUCCCAACGUUUACAGUUUACAGUUUUUAAUGACAAAUUUUUUUAAAAUAAAGAGUUCUCCAUUACUUGUUUUAAGAUGCAAAUCUACUUUUCCACAAAUCACAAAAAUUUUACGAUUGAUGUACAUAAAAUGUGUAAAUAUAUAAAUAAAAAUAUAUUUAAUGUUAGGGAUUUUUAUCAUAUGUUAUUAGAAAAAGCUGACAUGAACAAUUUUUAACAUUUACUAUCCAUCAAGUAGAAAGAAAGAUAAUAAUGGAACACGAUUUGAAGAAAAUGAAUUUUAAAAAAAGAAUUUUCUUCUUUGCACUCAAUCUCCUAUAGAGAAAUCAGAGGAUCAAAAUUACUGAUUCAUGGUGAGGUUGAGAAAUUUUGUUGUGCAGAAGAAGGAAACGCGCACGUAUGCUCAGAAGAAAAAAAGAAAAUUGCAUUUUUAGUGAAAUUAUGAAGAAAAACUGUGUUCCAUUUUCUUUCUCAUUAAGCUGCCAAUAAUUUAAUGGAGUGUUAUCACUUUUAAUUCUCAGUUUGUUUGUGGUUUGUAUUUUAAUAUAUUUUUCCUCUAUCUUAGUAUAAUUUUUUAUUGCUGUUUGCUUCCUACUUACUGAUUACUUCCACUUUUGGAAAAUAAUACACUUACAGGAAAGAAUCACAAAAUAUAACUUACUUGAUUUAUAAUCAUCUUAAAAUUUCAUUGCGUUUAAUCGCUCAUAGCAUUUGUUUAAUUCCUUCAUUGUCAGAUUACAUUCCUGAACAUUGCAAUAGUAGAUGGGACUUAAUUUUGGCUAAUUCUAAAAUACUAUCAAUAGCUUCAUUCCAGCAGUUAAGUCUUAAAAUUCUGAAGCAAGAAAAUUUUACAAUCUGGAAGAGUCCAAGAAAUAGGGUUGUUACUUUAUACUUAUUGGAGACCUAGUCUGUCAGCUUUUCUGCCGAGGACUGUACUGCAAAAUCUUUUUACCUUCGUAUGUUUCUAUGGUCCCUAUUUCUUCUUGUAGUCCCUUUUUUCCAGGACAUUUUUUUACAUGACUUUGUACAAUUUUGUACCUCAUUGAAAACUGAAAUAAAACUAUUGCUGUUUCAAAUUAAA